GUGUUAGGGCUUCCGGACACCUCCCACUACUUACUCGACCUUAUAGUGAAGAUGCAUCCAUCGACAGUGCAACAUGGCACCGAUGAUGAUGAAGGUGGGGAUGCUCUUGUUUCUUGCGCUUUCGAUCCACGCUGCAGCACCUCGAAAACAAGGAAACGCUUGUGAAAAUAGUCAAAAUGGUGAGUUCACAAAGGUAACUGCAAACAACUACAAAGAGACGAGCGCCGUGACCAAUGAAGAGAAGCUGUACGACUGCUCAACUAGACAGACGACCAAGGGGGUCCUUAGGUGUCUGGAGGGGCAGUGGACGAAGUGCGCCCGGGUCUGCGGUAGGCCAGUUAGCACCGAUGCCAAUGCCUACCUUGAAAACAAAGAGACCAGCUUCGCCCCUGGAGUCAGAAUCAGCUACUCGUGUGCCGUUGGAUAUGCUCUGUCCGGGGGCAAUCAAUACCGAAGAUGUUUACGUAAAACAUUUACAUGGUCGCCUUUAACCAUAAAAUGUGAACGCAGUUCAUGUGGCUCUGCUGGAGAGAUCCUGAACGGAGAGGUCAUCUAUACUGGAGUAGAAUUUGUACACACAGCCACAACAGUCUGUGCCAAGGGAUACUUGCUGGUGGGAAAGGCCAACAGGACCUGCUUGAGUGGUGGUUGGGAUGGACGUCCAGCCUUUUGUGAAGCCGUGCAGUGUACCAAACCAAAGACCAACACAGAGAUAUUGGGCCCCUGGAAGGCCUCGUACACGUACAGACAGGCCCUGGUGUUCCACUGCCGUGAGGGCACUCUUGUGGGCCAGAAGUCCAUCUCGUGCAGCGAGAACGCGACCUGGAGUGCCCCCCCUCCCGUCUGCAAAGGCAGUUCAUGUGGCUCUGCUGGAGAGAUCCUGAACGGAGAGGUCAUCUAUACUGGUGUAGAAUUUGGACACACAGCCACAACAGUCUGUGCCAAGGGAUACUUGCUGGUGGGAAAGGCCAACAGGACCUGCUUGAGUGGUGGUUGGGAUGAACGUCCAGCCUUUUGUGAAGCCGUGCAGUGUACCAAACCAGAGACCAACACAGAGACAUUGGGCCCCUGGAAGGCCUCGUACGCGUACAGACAGGUUCUGAUGUUCCGCUGCCGUCAGGGCACUCUUGUGGGCCAGAAGGCCAUCUCGUGCAGCGAGAACGCGACCUGGAGUGCCCCCCCUCCCGUCUGCAAAGAUGUUGAAUGUCCUCGUCCAAAUGUGCCGCACUCGUCCCUGUCAGGGUCUUGGCGCCCACCGUUUAGGUACAGGGCCUUGAUGACCUUCUCAUGCGACCCUGGCUACGUUCUGGAGGGCCAGGCCUCCGUGUCCUGUAGCCUGGAGGGGAGAUGGACCCCCGCUCUUCCCCAAUGCAUUUAUGUUGAAUGUCCUCGUCCAAACGUGCCGCACUCGUCCCUCUCGUCAGGGUCUUGGCGCCCACCGUUUAGGUACAGGUCCUCGAUGACCUUCUCAUGCGACCCUGGCUACGUUCUGGUGGGCCAGGCCUCCGUGUCCUGUAGCCAGGAGGGGAGAUGGACCCCCGCUCUUCCCCAAUGCAUUUAUGUUGAAUGUCCUCGUCCAAACGUGCCGCACUCGUCCCUCUCGUCAGGGUCUUGGCGCCCACCGUUUAGGUACAGGUCCUCGAUGACCUUCUCAUGCGACCCUGGCUACGUUCUGGUGGGCCAGGCCUCCGUGUCCUGUAGCCAGGAGGGGAGAUGGACCCCCGCUCUUCCCCAAUGCAUUUAUGUUGAAUGUCCUCGUCCAAACGUGCCGCACUCGUCCCUCUCGUCAGGGUCUUGGCGCCCACCGUUUAGGUACAGGUCCUCGAUGACCUUCUCAUGCGACCCUGGCUACGUUCUGGUGGGCCAGGCCUCCGUGUCCUGUAGCCAGGAGGGGAGAUGGACCCCCGCUCUUCCCCAAUGCAUUUAUGUUGAAUGUCCUCGUCCAAACGUGCCGCACUCGUCCCUGUCAGGGUUGUGGCGCCCACCGUUUAGGUACAGGUCCUGGAUGACCUUCUCAUGCAACUCUGGCUACGUUCUGGUGGGCCAGGCCUCCGUGUCCUGUAGCCAGGAGGGGACAUGGACCCCCGCUCUUCCCCAAUGCAUUUGGUAUGGAUAUGCAUAUGGAGGGAAUGGAUAUGGAGGGAAUGCAUAUGGAGGGAAUGCAUAUCAUGGAUAAGACCUUUCACAACAACAUUUCUUAUCCAACCAACCAUCAAGAGUAUAUAAAGUCAUAAUUUCAGCGGAAAAGUAGCACAUUUGGCCUUGAUCGGGGUAGCAGUGUCAUAUAUGCAAACUAUGUACUUCGCCUUCCACAAAAAUAAUGCAUUUUUGAUAAGGCUAUCUUUUGUGAUACAAUUAAAUGUUUGAUCAUCGGUCAUCUUUGGCAAUAAUAAACAGAAUAUAUUAAGAUGAA